CCAACACCCAGCGGGCCUCAGAGCUGAACCUCACCAUUGACCUGAAAAAGGAGAAGGAACCUCAGGCAGACAGCAGCGAUGAAGCUUGUCACAAGCAUCUUUCUCUUCUCCUUCAUUGUGUGUGUCAACAGCCAGGUUUGGUUUCGAGAGUCUCUGGACUUCCUUGAUCAGGCUCGUCAAGGUGCUGGAGACAUGUGGAGGGCCUACCGGGACAUGCGUGAAGCCAAUUAUAAAAAUUCAGACAAAUACUUCCAUGCUCGUGGGAACUAUGAUGCUGCCAAGAGAGGACCUGGUGGGGCCUGGGCAGCUGAAGUGAUCAGCAAUACCCGGGAGUUCUUACAGGGGGGCAGCUUUGGCCGGAAUGUGGAAGAUUCCAUGGCAGACCAGGAAGCCAACAGAUGGGGCCGAAGUGGCAAAGAUCCCAAUCACUUCAGACCAAAAGGCCUGGAUCCCAAAUACUAAGCUGGUUUCUCCCUUUUGUUCCCUUCUCCAUGUAUGAUGUGAGAUCCUCCAGGAAUCAAGAGCCUCCUGGGUGCACACAAAUGUAGCUGCUGCCAUGUAGACAUUCAAUAAACAGCAGUUCUGAUGAAUCAU